CCGCUUCCGGUCUAUACUGAACCCGCCGGGAGCCGCUCGGAGUUCCGCACGUGUCUGGACAUGGGAGCCUAUCUGUCUCAGCCCAACACCGCCAAGAGCUCAAGUGAUGGCGGCAACAGCAAGCUCAGCUUUGGCUACUCGGCCAUGCAGGGCUGGCGGGUCAGCAUGGAGGAUGCUCACAACUGUAUCCCGGAGCUGGACUGUGAGACGGCCAUGUUCUCCGUGUACGACGGGCAUGGAGGCGAGGAGGUGGCUCUGUACUGUGCCAAGUACCUGCCGGACAUCAUCAAGGAGCAGAAAACCUACAAGGAAGGGAAGCUGCAGAAGGCCCUGGAAGACGCCUUCCUGGCCAUAGAUGAAAAGUUAACCCAAGAGGACGUGAUUAAGGAGCUGUCUCAGAUGGCUGGACGUCUACUCAAUGAUCAUGAGGGGGAGAAGGAGAAGGUGGCGGAUGAAGAUGAUGUGGAUAAUGAGGAAGCUGCCCUUUUACAUGAGGAGGCCACAAUGACUAUCGAAGAGCUGCUCACCCGCUACGGGCAGAAUUCUGGGAAGAUGCGGAAUAAGACUGGUGACAAGAGCGCCCCUGUGGAGAAGCCAAAGGAGGCUACCAUGAAUGGGGAUCUGGACUCUGACGUUCCCGGUGACGGCCAGAAAAAGAACCGGAAGAAGGAAGAGGACGUGGCUGCAUCAGCUGGCAUUUCCUCCUCUUCUGAUGGUUCUGGAGGAAGCUGCAGCAGUGCCCAGCGAGGCUCCUCCAAAGGAGACCCUGGAGAAGAGGCUGUAACAUCCUCAACUGGGGAGGCUGGACCUUCCUGUUCCUCUGCGCCUUGCCAGCCUCCAUGUACAGCCAAGUCCAAGUUCUUUGAGGAUAGUGAAGAGUCUGAGGCUGAGGAGGAAGAGGAUGAAAGUGAGGAGGGCAGCGAGGAAGAGGAGGAUUACAGCAGCGAGGAAGCGGAGAACGAGGAGGAGGAAGAAGAGGAGGACAGUGAAGAUGUAGAGGAUGAGGAUGAAGAAGAGAUGAUGCUUCCAGGGAUGGAGGGCAAAGAAGAGCCCGGCUCCGAUAGCGGUACCACCGCCGUGGUGGCUCUUAUCCGCGGAAAGCAGCUGAUUGUGGCGAAUGCCGGAGACUCUCGCUGCGUGGUGUCCGAGAGGGGAAAAGCCGUGGACAUGUCCUACGACCACAAGCCGGAAGAUGAGCUUGAGCUUGCACGGAUCAAGAAUGCAGGAGGCAAGGUCACCAUGGACGGGAGAGUGAAUGGCGGACUGAACCUUUCUCGUGCAAUAGGUGAUCACUUUUACAAGAGGAACAAGAAUCUUCCUGCGGAGGAGCAGAUGAUCUCUGCCCUGCCCGACAUAAAGGUCCUGACACUGAAUGACGAUCACAACUUCAUGGUCAUCGCCUGCGAUGGGAUCUGGAACGUGAUGAGCAGCCAAGAGGUGGUAGACUUCAUACAGGAGAGAAUCGACCGGCCGGCGAAGAACGGAGAGCCCGUCGUGCUGUCGUCCAUCGUGGAAGAGCUCUUGGACCAGUGUCUGGCUCCUGACACGUCUGGCGACGGGACGGGAUGUGACAAUAUGACCUGCGUCAUCAUUCGCUUCCAGCCCCACUCCACCAACAGCCUUGAACCGAGCAAGCGGAAACUGGACGAAGCCGAGGUGGCCGCCGGCUCGAACUGCGGCGAUGGCAUCAAGAAGCCGAAGCGGGAUUAG